UCGUGUGGAUCAUUCCCACGGCCCAGAUCAUGCCGAGUACGCAGCGCUGAGAUUCGAGUGCGGUUCUUGCCCGUUCGAGCUGGCCCACAUUCACGCUGAACUCUUCCCGGCAAGCAUCGGGAAGCGUAAAAAGUGAUGGCAGGUCACCAAAAAUAGCGGAGCUGUUCUUUGGUGCGAUGGUACCGACGACUCACCUACAUAUAUCAGCAUCUGCGUUACCAGCGUAGCAAGACAGACAUGACGAUCUGCAUCAUAUGCUCCUGAACGUCCGUUGCAGUUGAGUCCAGCAUCAGGAUGGCGUCCGGAGAGGAAACGACUUCACGCAUCAUCCAGCGGCCCCAGAUGCGGCCCGGGCCCGAGGAUGACGCCCACAACCCCUUCGUACUGCCGUCCAACUCGGACGUGUUCACAUUCCGGCAACAGGACGUGCAGAACCAGAAGGAGAAGAAGAACACUCAGCUGGCAAUGCCAAUCUACAAGCGUCAGUACCAUCAGCCACGGAUCACCGCUCGACUGCCGCCCACCCCGGAGCCGGAGGACCCGCAGGUGGCGCAAGAUGACACCUUUUUCAGGAAGAACUUGGCGUACACGCGCGUGGCCAUGCAGAACAAGGGCGUGGAGCGGCAGACGCUGGCCGAGUUUGUGCAGAACAAGAAAGACAUGUUCUUUCUCCAGUACACUAUCAACGUGAAGCGCGAACAGAUGGCGAAGCUCGAGACAACGGUGAAAGAGGAGCAGGAGCGACUCGAUCGCGACAAAAAGAAGAUCGAGAAAGACUAUCAGGUGUUUGACGAAUUCCUCAAAGAGAAUGACCAGAUGGCUGUGGAAGCGAUUCGUCUGGCCGAGGAUGAAGCCAAGAUCACGAUGGACAAAGUGUCACAAAUUCGCCAAGUCAACAUCCAAAUCAUGGCCACCAAGAGCUUCAUCAUCAAGCUGGAGGAGCGAUACAAAGAGCUGCGCAUGUACCGCCGUUUCCUGUUCCAGCUGGCGCCACAGGAGUGGCGACAGGAGCGUGAGGAGCAGGCGAGGCGCCAGUCUAUGUGCCGCCAGCUGUCCGAGCAGCUGGAGGUGGCCGACACGGCCUCGCAAUCAGGCAGCGUGGUGACCCUCGGGGGGCGCCUGGCCGGCCAUCGCCUGGCCGCCUCGUCGGCCGUCGCGAUGCAGCUCGACGAGUCGAGUGUGGACGCCGAGCUGUACUUCACCGAGCCUCAGCAGCUGUUCGCUGUCUUCCUUGAACUGGAGGAGCAGAACCUCAAGCUGAUACAGAACUCGCAGGAAACGGAGGAGGCGCUGGAGGAAAUGAAGACGUCCGGUGAGCUCACCAAGGAGCGCAUCAGCCGAGAGGUGGCCCUGCUGGAGCAGCAGGUCGGUCUGCUGCAAGAGGCCGUGGGAAGAGGAGAAGAGCGAGCAGCUGGAGCUCUUCUGCACGAUAUUCAACCAGGGCGAGUUCAAGGCGGAGGAGCAGGAGAGCGCGCUGCCGAGCUCAACGACCAGGUGACGGCCGUGUACACGGCCAUCAUCGGCGAGAACCAAGCCAACAUCAGCACGCUGCAGAUGCUCGCCUCGCUCGAGAGCCACAUCGAGGAUAUGUUCGAGUACAUGGAGACAGUGCCGCCUGAGCGACUGCACGCCGCUGAAAAGCUGCGUGACCGCGAGCGGCGGCUGAAGCUGCGCGAGCUGAAGAUCCGUCAGCAGCAGGCGGCGCAGGCGGACCGGCUGCGGCGCACGCGACUGCGCGCCAUGGCCGAGGUGGUGAAGCACACCGGCCGACCGCUCGUGUUCCGCUCGCGGCCGCCGACGCCGCAGCGGCUGCAGCGCAAGACGCAGCGCGAGACGGAGGAGGAGCUCGAGGAGUACAACUACUUCUUCGGCGAGUGACGGCCCGAGCGCAGGCCGCCAGACUGUGAUCAGUGCAAGCAAAUUGUCCAGUUCGUCCCGUGGCAA